UCACUCUCUACCUCUCUCCACCACACACACAUAGACGCGCCUUCAGCUUGUAUGCGUCCCUCCUCGAGCCAGCGGGUGGCCGCCUGGCUGCUCGCGCUGCCGUUGGGGAGAGGUGGAGAGGAAUGCGCGCGCCGCGGCCGCCUGGAGAUGAUCUCGUUUUGGUUGCUGUGCUGGAAGCUGUUGAGAGCAACAGCGGGGCUAAGGAGGGCCACAGCUGAGCUAACGGACGUCAACCACGAGAACAGCAGCUCUGGAAACAAUAACCCUGUCAACGACUCUCCCACUCCUAUACAGCCAACAGAUCCAGUUGCCAUGGAAAUCAGUUCAUCGCCACCACUAACAGACAUGGAGAGAGAAAACUUGGUCAGCUGGCACAGUCAGGAAGUGGAGGAGCUCCAUUACCCAGAGGUUCUUGGGGUGCAGCAGCCAAUCGGGGACAAGCAGGAGGAAGAUGAGGCUGCAGAGAAAGACAAUGGAAAAAGAGAUGGAGAUGAGUGUGACUAUCUUGUUUUUGAGAUAGGAGAGAAGAAGGGAAGGGGUGAAGAAGACAAAAGUGAAGGAGGACACACCACUGACAAAGGAGGAGAGGGAGAAGAAGAUGGAGAAAGAGGAGAAACAGAAAGAAAAGAAGAAGGCAGUGGAGAAACAGAGAAGGAUGAAGGAGGAAGAGGAGAAACAAAAGAAGAGAAUGGAUGGAUUGGAGAGACAGCCGGAGAGAUGAAAGAUGAUACUCUGUCAGAGCUCCUCUUCAUCUCUGAUAGCUCAGUGUGUCCUUCAUCAUCAGAGCCCCCGACUGUCACCUCAGAUCCUUCGGAGCAACCUGCAGCAGCCGUGGCACAUGAGACCCGGGGUCACGACCUCAGCAACAGAGAUGAUCUUAGCGACAGUCACCUUAGUGACUGUCUUCAAGCUGAAUUGGCUAUUGUGUACUCGGACAGCGAGGCAGGGGAGGAUCAAUGGGCAGCCUUCACAUCCUGUGAUGUCACUAACCAGGAAGAAGCAGGUGGCGGGAUUCAGAAUAGCGUCUGUGAUGGAGAGAGCAAGGAAGAGGAGAGAGGUGUGGACGAUGAGGAGAGAGGGGUACAAAAGGAUAAGGCAGAAGUAGAGACUGGACAGGAGGAGCUAGAUGGGAGAAGAGGCAGGGAUGAUGAUGAGGAACAAAUGAGAUCAAGGAGAGAUCUUUUCCUGCGAUCUCCUUCUGUCAGCUCCACAGCCAGCUCCACAGACCCCGACAGGAAGGUUCCUGUAGAUUUCUGUGUCCAACAAGAGACCCACAGUGAAAAUGUCUCCACUGAGCAUGUGGACUUUCUGUUGGCCCGCCAGCAGUGGAGGAAAAUGGAGGAGGAGGUCAAAGGUCAGCCAAUUCCCAAACCAGGGCUCAGAGCUCAGGGGAGUUUCCAGGGAACCCACACUGCACUGUACCCCCCCACUCGCAGCCCCCGACUCAAACACAGGGAAAUGCAACCACCAGUGCCCAGGGAGCCCCCCCUGUCCUCCACCCUGUCCCCCACUUCAGAGGACUCAGGCCUGGAUGACUUGUCAUACCGCAGCCCACUGGAGGAGCCAGAGAGCGCUGUGGAGAGAGAGAUCCGACUGACUCUGGAGAGAGAGGAACGGCACCGCAGGGAGAGGGGGGGGAUUUCACAGGGCCUCACUAUACCCAGACCCUCUACAUUGCAAACAGGACGAUCUCCACCCAGACCUCCAGCCUGCCGCACCCCUACCUUGUCCAUCUCCCCAUCCCCUUCCUGCUCCUCCUCCCUUCCCCGAUCUGUCUACCAUGAAAUGACAGCCAAUAAUGUCAUUAUCUUGGAGCCCGACUGCUCCAGCUCUGCCUCCAGGAACCGCUUACUCUCCUCUGCAAUUGGGGGCCUCUCCGAUUGGCCAACAAGCCAGGAUGCAGUUCCUUCCGCCAAUGUCAUUGUAGUGGAAACCUCCAAUCUCAUCAUUCGCAGUGCUUCAGAGUUCUGCCUAAGCUCCGCCCCUGUAUCCAUGGAAAUGCAGGAGAGCACUUUUUCAUCCAAUCCGUUCUUUAAGCUACGUUCCCUCAGCAGCCAAUCGCUGGUGGAGCAAGAGAUCCGCUUGGUGAGACAGAGGGAGGAGGAGUGGAGGAAGCAGAGGGAGGAGAUGUGGAGGAGGAGGAGGGAGGAGGAGUGGAAAAGAGGGAGAGAGAGGUAUGAUACUGUGCUGGUGUCUCCAGGCCUGAACGAUAGCAUCAGCUACAACGUGCCAGAGGUCCCAGACAGAUGUGUCUCCUCCCCAUCAUCCCCCUCCAGGACCCGCAAAAUGGAACGAUCCAGUAUGUCUUGUGACCACAAGUUCCCCCCUUGUCUCUCUUCAGUGUCAAGACGACCAAACGCCAUGGCGCAGCGAUGGGAGGCCUCCCUAUUAGCCAGUCAGAAGAAGGAGUGAGCAACAACAGUGCUCAACUGUCAGCCAUUUAAAAGCCAAAAUGAAAUCUUACGCUUCUAUUCCUUCAUCCUUCUGUCCAGAAAACUCUCACAGUCCUGUCUGUCUGCAGCUGAUGUCUGAUGUUUGUCACCGCUGUGGGUUUGAAACCAGUGGGUCACAAAUGUGUUGUCUGAAGGAUGCCCCAUGAGAGAAGGACUGUUUCUUUCAGUCAGCUUGGUUUCAAAGAUUAAGGUAAUUCACCUAGUUUGACUUUCUACUAUGAAAUUGUUAAAAAGUUUCAUAGUCAAAGUGGUCUUUUGCAUGACGUCUGAAACAGUAUGACUGUAUGAAACAAUGGAACUGCCAGCCAUGUCACAGUUUAGACAUUUUUUAUGUACUGUAUAUUAUAACUUUUGUGGACUUGUAAGGCACAGGAGGCUUGUCAUAAUAAUGAUUGAAUACAAAGUUACAAUUUAAUAAUACCACUGUUUUUGACAUUUACCCAGAUUUUAUGAAAACCUUUGAAGCACAUGUCAGAAUCUGCGGUAUUCUCCUUUAAUAUUUAGUAUUAACAGCACUUUGAUAUCUAGAUAUGUAUGAAUUAUGGUACUGGUACAGCUGCUGAUAUUUAUUGAUUUUUAUGACUGACUGACUGACUGACUGACUGUAAUGCAAUGAUUUUCAAACUUUUUCUGGGCAGUCACAUUUUAAUUUCACAUAUUAAUUCAGUCUAUUUAUUUUAAAAUGACAGACA